AUGUCUCUACGACGCUCUGCCCGACUAGGCACCCUCCCAACAGUCCAACCCCUCCUCCCAACUCAAGCCCCAAAAGUCCCUCGAGUCCAACACAGCGGAGUCGCAAAGCAACCACGCAAAACCACCAAGACCAAAAAGCCAGUCCCAGAGAAGACAACAACCAAUUCAACAUCUUCCUACUGGUCCCCGGAACCCUCCGAAACCCCUCACACCACCCCCCUCAACCGCCCCGUCGAUCCACACCGAACAAACGCAACCCUCCUCACACCCCACGGCUCCAAAGUAAACGCAUACCCGAUCAACCUACAAGAUGCCUCGCCCUCAAAGACAGGUCUGCCCCGACCAACCGCUACAACGGGAACACUUCUCGAAAAGGCCAUUGCGCAUCUGAUCGCGGCGGAUCCGCGUCUUCAACCCGUUAUCGAACAGCAUCCGUGUCCGUUAUUCUCGCCCGCGGGCCUCGCAGAGCAAAUCGAUCCGUUCAAUAGUCUUGUUAGCAGUAUUAUCGGACAACAAGUGUCUGGUGCGGCGGCUAAGUCUAUUCGGAAUAAGUUUUUGACCUUGUUCAAGUUGACGAAUGGCGCUGGUGCUGGCGAGGGGUCGCAUUCGAAGUUCCCGACGCCUGAGGAGGUUGCGAAGUGUGAUAUUCCGACGCUGCGGACGGCGGGUCUGUCUCAACGGAAGGCGGAGUAUAUACAGGGGUUGGCGGAGAAGUUCGCCAAUGGAGAGUUGAGUGCGCAGAUGUUGGCGAGGGCGAGUGAUGAGGAGUUGGUGGAGAAACUUACUGCUGUGAGGGGGUUGGGGAGGUGGUCUGUUGAGAUGUUCGCUUGUUUUGCGCUUAAGCGGAUUGAUGUUUUUUCGACGGGGGAUUUGGGUGUACAGCGAGGAUGUGCAACCUUUGUUGGUCGUGAUGUAACUAAAUUGAAGGGUAAAGGGGGCGGUAAGUUCAAGUAUAUGUCGGAAAAGGAUAUGUUAGAGUUGGCCGCCAAGUUUGCGCCGUACAGGAGUCUUUUCAUGUGGUAUAUGUGGCGGAUUGAAGAUGUUGAUAUUGCUGUUCUCACUGGAUGA